GUUUUCCCUCCACAUCUGGUAAUACACCGAAUCAACAAAUAACAAAUCGUAUCUGUCCAUGUUGAAAUAAACGACUUGGCUCAUUGUUUCUGAAGUCAGAAAGUGAAUUAAGGAAGGCUUUCAACUUCCUGGAAACGUCCCGGCUCAAUCAGAGUCACCCGACUGAGCCAGUGACCAGAAGUUGCUACAGUAGCUGUAGUUUUCUGCCUCUUGUCUCAGAGAACAAGCAGAGUUUUAAUCAUGCGUGGAUUGAUUUGUGGACCUAAACUGGCUGCGUGUGGGAUCGUGCUGAGCAUGUGGGGUGUGAUCAUGUUGGGCAUGCUGGGGAUUUUCUUCACAACGCAUUCAGCAGUGCUGAUUGAAGAUGUGCCUCUGAAAGACGAAGACCUCACCCCAGAUCCGAACCCCCCUCAGAGGAUCUAUGAAUUGUACAACAAGGUGGGCUACAACUGCUUCAUAGCAGCAGCUAUCUACAUCCUGUUCGGAGCAUUCUCCUGCUGCCAAAUGAAGCUCAACAAACAGAAGGAGUAUCUGGUGCACUAGUGCCAUCUGAUGGACUGAAGAGCUCCCAGCAGUGUUCAAACAGAAAGAUGAUGGGUUUUGAUUCACCCGUUCUCUGGUCACUGACUUCUGCUUUAGGGUUUAAAUGUCAUCAUCAGGAACUAAAGGGACACUGUGUGGAAACAGAUCAGUGUUUGAUGUUUUUAGGACUAAGUUAAUUCUACCUCUAAUCACAAGUGCUUGAAUUAUUUGAUUGUGGUAGUACUAACUACCCACUGGAACUCAGUGAAAAAGUAGUCUUGUUUAAGCAUUUAAAAGUUGUGGAUUAGUGUGUUGAUUUAUUCUUGCAUACUGCUGUGCUUUGCAAGUGGAUGUAGCUCUGAUUUUUGCCAGUAUCCAAUUGUGUUUUAAGGCUAGUCCUUCAAUUAAAUUAUUCAUUUCUUUCAGCUUG